AUGAUGGCGUCCAACGACAGAGAAACGCUGCCCGACGUGGCCAAGCCGAUCAACUACCAUGUGUCUCUCUACGACUUGCAGUUCACGGGCUCAUGGGGCUACAAGGGUAUCGUGAAGAUCGACGCCAAGAUCACCCGCGCUACCAAGGAGAUUGUCUUGAACACAAAGGAAAUCGAAGUGCAAAGUGCCGAGGUCUCUGGCAAGGAUGUGGGAAGAAGUAGGGCACUUGCUGACGAGACGCUUGGCCGACGAGAAGGCUCUUCUGUAGGCAAGGCCACCGAAAUCACCUAUGAUCAGAAAUCCGAGCGAGUGACUUUGAAGUUUGCCGAGGAACUUUCUCCUUCAGAUGUCGUUCUCGAUAUCAAGUUCACUGGUAUCAUGAACAACGCCAUGUCCGGAUUCUACCGAUCCAAGUACAAGCCUGUCGGUGAGGCUGGUGCCGAUACGCCCAAAGAUGGAGACGACUAUUACAUGCUCAGUACUCAAUUCGAGUCGUGUGAUGCCCGCCGAGCGUUCCCUUGCUUUGACGAGCCGAAUUUGAAGGCCACUUUCGACUUUGAGAUCGAGGUUCCCAAGGGCCAGACGGCACUCAGCAACAUGCCCAUCAAGUCGGAGCGUGAGGGUAGCAAUUCUGACCUGAAAUAUGUCACCUUCGAAAAGACUCCCGUGAUGAGUACCUAUCUGCUUGCCUGGGCUGUUGGUGAUUUCGAGUACGUUGAGGCCAUGACUGAGCGCAAGUACCAGGGCAAGAGCAUUCCUGUGCGCGUUUACACUACCCGCGGACUCAAGGACCAGGCUCGCUUUGCCCUUGAAUGUGCUCACCGCACCGUUGACUACUUCUCCGAGAUCUUCGAGAUUGAGUAUCCUCUGCCCAAGGCCGACCUUCUGGCUGUGCACGAAUUUGCCAUGGGAGCUAUGGAAAACUGGGGUCUUGUGACUUACCGUACCACUGCUGUUCUGUUCGACGAGGGCAAAUCGGACAACCGCUACAAGAACCGCAUCGCCUAUGUUGUUGCACAUGAGGGCGUAGCAGCUGACAUGAAGAUGAACACAGAACUUGCUCAUCAGUGGUUCGGUAACCUCGUUACCAUGGACUGGUGGAACGAGCUCUGGCUCAACGAAGGUUUCGCAACUUGGGUCGGAUGGUUAGCUGUUGACCACUUCUAUCCCGAAUGGAACGUUUGGUCCCAGUUCGUUGCUGAGGGUGUUCAACAAGCUUUCCAACUUGACUCGCUCCGUGCUUCUCACCCGAUCGAGGUUCCCGUCCGAAACGCUCUGGAAGUCGACCAAAUUUUCGACCACAUCAGUUACCUGAAGGGAAGCUCUGUGAUUCGCAUGCUCAGCGUUCACCUCGGUCAAGAGACCUUCCUUCGUGGAGUGGCUGACUACCUCAAGACUCACGCAUACGGCAACGCCACAACCAUUGACCUGUGGUCUGCUUUGAGCAAGGCAUCUGGCCAGGAUGUUCACACUUUCAUGGACCCUUGGAUCCGCAAGAUUGGAUUCCCAGUCGUCACGGUCGCCGAGGAGCCUGGCCAAGUCAGUGUUCGCCAAAGCCGAUUCCUCUCCACCGGUGACGCCAAGCCCGAGGAGGAUCAGACUACCUGGUGGAUUCCUCUAGGUAUCAAGUCCGGCGAGAAGCUGGCCAACGUCGACAGCCGCGCUCUGACUCAGAAGUCAGACUCCAUUGGAGACAUUGGUACAGAUGGCUUCUACAAGAUCAACAAGGAUCUGACCGGUUUCUAUCGCACCAACUAUCCCCCCGAGCGCCUCCAGAAGCUGGGCCAAUCUUUGGACCUUCUGACUACUGAAGACAAGAUCGGCCUCUUGGGUGACGCGACUGCACUUGCUGUCUCUGGCGAUGGCAAUACCCCCGCUUUGCUGGCGCUUCUGGAGGGAUUCAAGGGAGAGCAAAACUACCUUGUAUGGUCGCAGGUAUCCUCAUCCCUCGCGAAUCUUCGCUCCGUCUUCUCGCAAAAUGAGCAGGUCGCCAAGGGACUCAAGAACUUUACUCGCAACCUGGCUUCCCCCGCAGCCGAGCGUCUGGGCUGGGAGUUCAAAGCCGAUGACGAUUACUUGGUGAUUCAACUUCGCAAGCUGCUCAUCUCCAUGGCUGGGAACGCUGGCCACGAAAGUAUCGUCUCCGAGGCCAAGCGCCGUUUCGACCUUUGGUCUUCCGGUCAGGAUCAGAGCGCCAUCCACACUAACCUGCGGUCUGCGAUCUUCAGCUUGAACGUUUCCGAGGGUGGUCGCAAGGAGUACGAUGCCGUGAAGGACGAGUACCUACGCACCGACUCUGUUGAUGGCAAGGAGAUUUGCCUGGCCUCUAUGGGCCGUACUCAAGAUUCGGUCCUGGUCACAGACUACCUGGAUUUCGUCUUCUCCGACAAGGUUGCCAUUCAGGACAUUCACAGUGGUGCUGUGGCUCUGGCGGCCAACUCCAAGAUGCGUCACUUGUUGUGGGAGUAUCUGAAGGACAAUUGGACCUCGGUCUCAGCUCGCCUGGCAGCCAGUAAUGUUGUGUUCGAGCGCUUUAUCCGUAUGGGAUUGUCCAAGUUUGCCGAUCGUGCUAUUGGCGAAGACAUUGCUCAAUUCUUCAAGGGCAAGGACACCGGCGCUUAUGACCGUGCCCUGGUCAUUGUUCAGGACCACAUUCGGACUAACGUCUCCUACAAGGAGCGCGACGAGGCUCUGGUCUUGGAGUGGCUUAAGGCUCACAACUAUGUCUAA